CAAUGUCUCUUCCGACUCUCCCUCGCGAUCUCAUUAAGGAAAUCUUUUCAUAUCUUCCAGUGAAACCUCUCGUGAGAUUCACCUCCAUUUCCAAACAUUACAAAUCACUCAUCUUCGAUUCAGAAUUCAUAAAACUUCACCUUCAAAGAUCUCCCAAACAUGCACACGUCUUACUUACCUUACACGAUGUCGUCGACAUGGAGGAUUUUUGGGUCCUAACUCCAUGCUCAGUCCGAUAUUCACUCGAACACCCGCCAUCCAUUGUCAAAGAAGAUGAGUGCCGCGGUUUUAAAGACAAUACUUAUUAUACAAUAGGUUCAACCAAUGGCUUGGUGUGUUUGAUCAGUGAUAAAGAAGAAAAUAAUGGAGUUAAAACAAUUUGUGUUCGGUUUUGGAACCCUACUUUAAGAUUAAGAUCCAAAAAGUCACCAAGUUUGACUAUCACGACUUCUUCCGAUCUUCACUUUGGAUUCGGUUACGAUGAUUCAAGUCACACAUACAAGGUGGUGGCUGUGUUUUGGGAUGUUACAACCCAGAAAUGGGAGGGGAGAGUUCAUUGCAUGGGUGAUAGUUUUUGGAGAGAGACUCUCGCUAGCCCCGAAUUUCCAGUUCUACUAGAAAGCACUGUGGGAUUAUUCGUUAAUGGUAGUGUUAACUGGUUCGCCCGUAACGAACAAUUGGUUAUUUUUUCGCUUGAUCUACAGAAGGAAACAGGUAAGUAUUUAUCACUGCCUGCUGGUUUUAAUGAAGAUAUCAACGAUAUAUCAGCUCUGGCUGUUUUAAGGGGUUGUCUGUGCUUUUGUUAUGAUCACAUGCAAACCCAUUUUGUUUUGUGGGAAAUGAGAAAGUUUGGAGUUGAAGAUUCUUGGACUCGGCUGGUGAAUGUUAGCUAUGCGCAUCUUCAAUUUGAUAAUAUUCAAAAUGAUUGGCUGUUGGUGCCAGUUUGUCUCUCUGAAAAUGAUGUCCUGUUGCUGGUUAGCAAAGAAGUUCCUGAUGAUGGUAUUAUGUAUAAUCUGAGAGAUGAUAGAGUUGAACACAUUGAACUUCCUGACACCAAUAUUUGGUAUGCCGAUGAACAUAUGCAGAGCUUGGUAGUGCCUCUUCCUCAUCCUCAUCCUCAUUAAGCUCCUAUCUUAUGCAGCAACUGUUUCUUUUUCUGACUUUAUGUUAGAUUGUGCAAGUGGCAUGAUCAUGAUGUCCUCCUUUUAUUGUGUUUUCCUUGGAUGCUUUGACUAAUUUAUUGUGUUUUCCUUAGAUGGUUAGCUAUUUUGCUGGUUGAUCCCUUGGUACUUAUUGCUAGUUAUUGAAUCAAAGUCUUUGGAUUGGAUGAAA